GCUCAAGUCGAGGGCAUGUACGGAAACAACCUUUCGCACGACCUUGUUCCGCUGAAGCAUAGCAUGCCCUUUAGCCCUAUACUCGACACCCCAGGGCUUUUGGCAUGGGAUCCCAUCAGGUGGGUGGCAGCAGCGAGGGCCACGCGCGACGCCUCCAUAAACUUCACGACAACCUAUCUAAAAUCCAUCACAACACUGAACCAACCGACCUCUCCCGACACGGUAGCGGACGCCCUCAUCUCCCUCAGCAAAGGAGCAGCAUUCCUUUCUAUAAAUGCCACACCCUUCAACCUCGCCUCCACCUUAGUCACCGAGAACCACCCUUAG